CAAAAACACCAACACUGAGAGGACUCGGCUUUUUCCGGUGAGUGUCGGAAUCCGCGCCGCGAGCCUCCUGAACAUUACGCGCGGCGGUGGCUUCAUUUUGGAUUGUGUUGACAAUCCUUUUUCAAACAAGCGGAGAAACCAAAAGAGAGACGGAAUAUUCCGAGUGUGUCGCUGAAAUGGAGAGCGGCGCGAAUCAGCUUCAGGUGCUGAAAUUACCUCUGGGAUUUAUCCGUGUGUUGGAGUGGCUUUUUUCCAUUUUUGCCUUUGCGACAUGUGGAGGCUACUGCGGUCAGCUGCGGGUCAGUGUGGACUGCAUGGAGAAGGCCAGCAGCAACCUCAGCAUCGGCAUCGACUUCACUUAUCCUUUCAGGUUGUACCAGGUGUCCUUUGAAGCACCCAUGUGUGAGGGCAUAAGGAGGGAGCGCGUGUCUCUUAUUGGAGACUAUUCAUCCUCUGCGGAGUUCUUUGUCACCAUUGCUGUCUUUGCCUUCCUGUAUUCCCUCACGGCCACUGUUGUCUACAUCUUCUUUCUGAAUAAAUACCGCGAAAACAGCCGAGGCCCGCUCAUUGACUUCGUCGUGACGGUGGUGUUCUCCUUCAUGUGGCUGGUCUGCUCAUCGGCUUGGGCAAAGGCUCUGUCUGACGUGAAAGUGGCCACUGAUCCUGAUGAGGUGCAGCUCCUCAUCCCCGCCUGCAAAGACCAGACCAACAAGUGUGGCACUGUGCAUGGAUCGCGCUGGUCGGGACUCAACACCUCAGUGGUUUUUGGAUUCCUCAACUUUGUGCUUUGGGCAGGAAACAUCUGGUUUGUCUUCAAGGAGACGGGUUGGCAUAAAGGUGCUUCGAGGUUAGCGGGCGUGACAACUGAGAAACAGGGCGGCACCUUCAGCGAGCAGCCCUACAACCAGAGAGGCUUCGAUCAGGCAGGGAGCUACAACACCGACGGUAACAUCGGCCAUGAGUCUGAGUACAGCCAGGUGGGAGGUCCCACCUCAUACUCCAAUCAAAUGUAGCCACGCCUUUUCCUAUCGCCACCAUCACUUAAUCCUGAUUCACUGAUAGCGGUGCUGUUUGCCGAAUGUUGUAUUUCCUGUAGUUCUAAAUGCAUUUGUGACAGUGUUUCCCUCUGUUUAGACUGGAUAUCUUCUUUAAAGUGGCGAAAGCAAAACUACGGCCAUGUUUGUACCAUUCUUCAAGUUUUCAAGUGCAUGACGUUGUGUGUGUGUGUGCUCCCGUCGUCUCCCUGACACUAAUAAUACAUACGAGGCUGGGCUGACAACUUCACAGGCUGACUGAGAUCAACCUGUGGUUUCCUUCCAGAUAAACUCACAGUACAUUAGGGGGAUGAUGAAUGUGGGCAGGUGAAUUCAAGAGGGGUAGGGAGAGCCUUGAAGAUGACCCAGGUAAGCAUCCCCUGAUUAAAAGCACACCAGGCUGGCUCAUGCCACAGGAGAACUUGGCUUGUUUUGAUACAGAUCCAGCUAAUCUAAUCUAAUCUAAUACAGGAUUAGUGUUGGGAGUCACAAAUGCAGUCCGUGCAGUGGAAAUAUCUGCUGUUGAGGACUUUUUUGACUCUCUGGAUGAUUGUGGGGAGACCCACAAUCAUUGCAUCACGGUCGACCUACGAACUCUUCAGCCCAGCCUACUAGAUGCUUUGUUGUGGUGACCACAUAUUAUUUUGUUAUAUAUCUAUAACUGUAUUUUGAUGAGGGUAUUUCUAGUUUUAGCUAUAGAUUCAGGACUUCAUUUAGUCUCUGUUACAUUUGUUAUUAAUACUCUGACAGUCACACACACAUGCAACAUUCCUCAUCUAUGAAACGCCCAGCAAGUUAUUGAUAUGCAGAGGCAAUAAUGAAAUAUCGUUAACAUAAUUCCUCUUCACAGGCCGGAUUACAUUCCUUCACGUCAUUCACUCCGCCGGCGAGAAGCGUGUAAAUAAAUGAAUGAAAAGGUUCUUGAUGGUUGAGACGCGAACAUCACCACGCGAACCUUGAAACCAUGCACUAAAUGAGUGCACAAUAAACUAGCGGUGUCAAAGAAAUAGAUUCAUGACAGAACUUUUCUAAGCACACAACAGCAAUUUUGAAUCAAGAACGGCUUUGAGUCCAAAAAUGGAUUUUUAAUAUAAUCAUAACCCAAGGAACCCUAAUUGCAUGGAGAUUCUGAAAGAUUCACAGCUCUAAUAUAAACCUUCAGGGUUGGUGGUAAAAGCAUUGUCACAUUUAAAAACGGGUGUCGUCUGAAAGUGUUCACAACUGUUUACAAGUGGCUGUUCUCGCUACAAACUACUGUGACUGUUUUCUCUACUAUCCAAAGACUACUGCUAAUUAUUUAACAUGAAGAGGAACCAUUUGUACUUAUAGCAAAACAUAAUAUAUCAAUAAAAAAUAUCUUUAAAUGAGCUUUGUUUUCCUUCAAAACACACAAUUCAGGUUUGUACAAUUUGUAUGUAAAAAAAAGGUGAUACUGAGUUGUUUACUGUUACCCUGUUUUUUGACCUCUAAGCAUGUGACCUGCAUCAGUGUAAUAAAGCAACUUGAACAGUG